AUGCUGGAACAAUUUAUUAAGAGUUUUCAACGAGAAGAUCACUCGUAUUCGGGCUCGGAGAUGGUCUCAACUUCAUCAAAAGAUGAGGUAAAUGCACCUCAGCUUUCAGUGUCAUCACCAAAGCCUUGGGAACCUCCAACAUCUUUAGUAAAUGAAGACUUCGACUGGACCCCUACUACAAGACAACAAGACCCUCUGAUACCAACCCCGAGCCAGCACAUUGCCAUACAGGAGAAACCAAACAUUUCAUUCAUUGAGCUUGAGAAUGUGACGAAUAAAACGGCGCCCACGGUAUUAGAGAAUGGACUGCACGAAGACGGAUCGGCACGCGGCGCGAGCGACUCGAGCGGCGCGCCGGCGGUGCCCACGUCGUUGUCGGCGGCGGCGGCUGGCCAUUUGGAACAGGGAAAAGGGGACUCGUCGCUAUCUAUUGACAGUACGGACAAGUUUCCAGACGAAGAGCACACGUCAGAUAGAAAUCAUGCAGAAAUCAAUGAAGAAUCAGACGAAAGAAGAAUCAUAGACCUUAAAUAUUUUCUAAAAGAAUUAAAAACAAUUUCGAACCACUCAACAGCCUUCGGUUGCGGUAUAAAUAAUUUGGAGUUGAUAGGGGAGAAAAGGUUAGGUUUGAUUUCAAAAUUAAAAUUCAAAUGCAAUAUGUGUAAUGUUGAAUUUACUACACAUACGUCCAAACCUAGUCCAAGCGACAAUUUGAAUGUAAAUACUGCCGUAGUAACGAGUGCUGCUAUUACAGGUGUAGGAUAUACACAAUUGCAAGAAAUAUUUACAUCAAUAAAUGUUCCGUUUAUGACAGAAGUUUUUUAUAAGAAAAUUGAUAAUCGAGUUAGUGAAGAAUGGGAAAAGUUAGCCACAAUUGAAAUGGAAGCUGCGGCUGCUCGUGAGAAGCAAAGUGCAUUGGACGAAGGCAGAAAAAUAACGCGCGCACAGUCCACCCGUCCCAAGAGUCAAACUGACACUGGUGAUGGUGAAUAUCCUUAA